AUGGACAAGCCUAUGUUUGGGAUGAAAUACUUCACGCCACUCGAGAAAAUCGUUCACGCAUUUCAUAUGGAGGAAAUGUGGGAAAUGAUUCAUCACGAAUACGUGAAUCUCAAAUCGAAUCCACCGACAAAAGAUGCUUUUGAAUGCGCGAUGGACGUCGAAAGAAACGGUGUUCUAGAAAUGUUUCGCUUUCUCGCAUUUCGAGAACCCGAGGCUGCUUUGAGAUUGAAGAAGAAACAGGGAAAUGAUCCUCGGAAAAAGGAGAGUUCAGCUCAUGAGCACAGG